GCCUCCCGGAGAAUUCAAGGUGCUGGUGUCUUGCCCUGCCUGGAGCUUGAGGUCCCGUGUGCCCAUCCGCCUCCCGACGUCACCAAUGCGACCAUGGGAACUGGCAGUGAAUAGGCGGCCGCCCUCUGCCCCUUUUGCCCAGCGCCGUUUCUCGGGGGGACCCUGCAGCAGCCCCGACCACCUCCGGCGAAGCCCCUCUGCCAGGCGUCAGUGGGGACGACGCGACCGACCUCUGGCAACCCUGCUGGGCCAGGAUGAGCCCCAGGUGCACCCUGCCUUCCCCCAGCAGCCGCACAUCCCUGUAGAUGAGCCCCGCGCCUACGCUCUUCCCAGCACGCCGCCACGAAUGCUUCACCCAGCCACUCACCCGCCCCACCAGAACCCAUUCAUGGUGGAUCUGCAUGACCAGGUGCACCAGGGACCUGUCCCUCUCUCCUACACGGUUACCACCGUAACGACGCAAGGCUUCCCCAUCCACGCUGGCCAGCACAUCCCUGGGUGCAGCACCCAGCAGCUCCCAGCAUGCUCAGUGAUGUUCAGUGGACAGCACUACCCGCUCUGCUGCCUCCCACCCCCGCUGAUUCAGGCAUGUGCCAUGCAACAACUUCCCGUCUCCUACCAGACAUUCCCCCCCAUCAUCUCCAGCGACCAUUACAUCCUGCAUCCACCCCCACCACCAGUGCCCCCCCACCAGCCGCCCCACAUGGCCCCCCUGGGGCAGUUCGUACCUCUCCAAGCCCAGCAUCCACGUAUGCCUCUGCAGAGGAUAGACAAUGACGUGGACCUGCGAGGGGAGCAGCACCCCAUCGCAGGCUUCACAUACCCUCCGUCUCACCACGCUCCCACGCUGUCGCCCUCCAUGCCACUGCAUUACCUCCCCCAUGACCCGCUGCACCAAGAACUGCCAUUUGGCGUGCCAUACCCCCACAUGAUGCCCCGGCGGCUGAACACCCAGCGGUACCGGCUGCAACAGGCGCUGCCCCCACCGCCACCCCCUCCGCCGCCUCCUCCGUACUAUCCGAGCUUCCUGCCCUAUUUCCUUUCUAUGCUUCCUGUGUCACCAACGGCCGUGGGGCCCACGAUCAGCUUAGACCUGGACGUGGAUGAUGUGGAGAUGGAGAAUUAUGAGGCACUGCUGAACUUGGCCGAGCGGCUGGGGGAGGCCAAGCCACGGGGACUCACCAAAGCAGACAUCGAGCACCUCCCAUCCUACCGCUUCAACCCUGAGAGCCACCAGUCCGAGCAGACCCUGUGCGUCGUGUGCUUCAGUGACUUUGAGGCCCGGCAGCUUCUCCGCGUCCUGCCCUGCAACCACGAGUUCCACGCCAAGUGUGUCGACAAAUGGUUAAAGGCAAACCGCACGUGCCCGAUCUGCCGGGCGGACGCGUCGGAGGUGCAGCGGGAGGCGGACUGAGGCUGGCGGGCGCUGUGCCGCACAAUUCGCUAGAGGACAAGGACGCCGGGCUGGGGCGGGGGCCGCUGCCCGCUGCUGGGGCCUGACCCUGCGCUUACCCCCCCUCCCCAAAGCCUCUCCUCGGAUGUGGUGAGCAUUGAGCAGUCCGGGCUCCCGGCCAGCCCUCCUCCUCCCCGUCGGGGCACGGACUCGGCCGGACGCCUGCCCGCUGCGCUCCCAGGGCCCCGAAUCGUGUUGUGCUGGAGGUGGGAGGUGCGUGGCCGUGCCCUCUGCGCUCCAAAGACGCUGUUGUUGCUCCAUCACUUUCCAGGUCUUUGUACUCUGCUAGGGAAUUAGUGGUUUUUCCCUUUGUCACUAUUUUUUUUUUUUACGAUA